AUGUCAAGCGCAGAAGCAAAGAAGGCAGCCAUAAGAAAGAUUCCUGAACAGAUUAUUUUGUCAGAGGUUCGCCGAAUGGUUGAGGAGAUGCAAGCUUUAAAUAAGAAGUUGGAAGAAACCGAGGCAGCUAUUGAAGAGUAUUUCAAGCCCCUUGACAAAGAGGCAGAGAUCAUAAUAAAACAGCAGCUUGAAGGAGAGGAGAAGUCAAUGAGGCAGAUGAUAAAAACAAUGCAAACACAGGCUUUGCUUGAGCAAGCUGAAGCAGAAAGAAAUGCAAGUCUUAAAAAUGCUGGGGAAAAUCAGCAUCUCCAGGAAAAAGAAGCUUCUCCCCCCGCCCAAACUGAAGGAAGAUGA